CUGGUUGAGACACACUCAUUAUACCUGACUGCUCGGACAUGUGUGGCUCGGGGAGAGGGGCAAAGUGAGGACGGAUCUGUUUGCUGAGAGCUUGAAAGUUGGAGAGGGCAGGAGAGCACCUCCUCUACCCUGGGACUGCUCAUGGCAGGAGAGACACCCACCUCAGACUGUUCUCCUCUCAUUGACCACAGCCAUGUCCCGGAGUUUGAGGUGGCUCUGUGGGUCAAGAUCACCUUGGCCUUAAUCUAUAUCUGCAUCUUUGUCGCGGGCCUCUUGGGCAACAGCAUCACCAUCAAAGUCACCAGGAUCCUGCAGAGGAAAGGCUACCUGCAGAAGGAGGUCACUGACCACAUGGUGAGCCUGGCCUGCUCUGACCUGCUGGUCAUCCUGCUGGGCAUGCCCGUGGAAUUCUUCAGUGCCAUCUGGAGCCCCUUUUCUACCCCCAAUGGCAACAUUGCCUGCAAGCUCUACUACUUCCUCUUUGAAGCCUGCAGCUAUGCCACCGUGCUGCACGUGGCCACGCUCAGCUUUGAGAGGUACGUGGCCAUCUGCCACCCCUUCAGGUUCAAGGCUGUGUCUGGACCCCGCACGGUGAAGCUGCUCAUUGCCUUUGUCUGGGGCACAUCUGUCAUUGUGGCUCUGCCCCUGCUCUUUGCCAUGGGCACAGAAUAUCCCCUGGAGAUCAUUGAGGGCUACGAGAGAAAGAGUUCCUGUGUCAAACCUACUCCCAGGCACUACAUUCCUGAGCUGAAGCACAACAUGACCAUCUGCACCUGCCUCUCCUCCAAGUGGUCUCUGUUUCAAGCCAGCAUCUUCAGCGCCUUUGCUGUGUACAUCGUCGUGCUGGGAUCUGUCACCUUCAUGUGCCACAGCAUGGUGCAAGCCCUGAUGAUCCACAAGAAAGGGACAGUGGCAGUGAAGGGUGGACUACAGCACCAGGAGCAGUACCUAAGGAAAAGUGAAAGUUCAGAGGGCAAGAGCUCCAGGAGACAGAUCACUUUAUUCCUGGGCACAGAAGACUUGAUUUCAUUAACUUGGGAUGCAGCCAUCCCCAUCUUUCAUGCAAAUGGAAAAUACCUUUCCUUCUUUAGCAAUCAAGGUGAAGAAUUGCUCCUGAAUUUGUUAAGACGUCAGGAGGAAGGCAGCUUGCCCACACUGCAUGGCCAGUGUCAGGGAGCCACAGUGGGCUCCUGCAAGCCUUCCAUGAAACACGGAUGUUUCUGCUUGGGAAUGGAAACCAGAGAGGAAUUCUCUGCUCUUGGAGCUGGCACUUGUGCCAGGGGCCUCUUGGGGUACGAGACAGCUCCACUGCAUUAA